GCCUCCAAAAAAAAAAAAAAAAAAACUUCCUCUCCUCUCUCUCUUCUCCACUCCUAUAAAUAGUGAGUGCACAUCGACGGCGAGGGUUACAGUAUCCCCUCCCUCCGCCGCCACGCUCCGCCGCACACCGCCGCCGGGAUCCGCCGUGAAGCCAAAAAAACCCUACCCUUCUCCGAUGAGUUCUCCCCCUCCGCGGCGCCGAUCGCACGCCUCCGCCUCCGCCUCCGCCUCCGCCGCCGCCGCCGCGGCGAAGGGAUCGUCCCAUGGCGACCACAAAAGUCCGAGGAGGUCAAGAAGAGAUAGUAAAUGGGACACAGAGAGACCGCACUCCAGCAAUCGUUACUUAGAAAAUGAUAAUACAUUUGAUCGAGACCGAAAGCGAAGUAGGCGGUUUCAUGAUGCUGCACCACUGGAGGAACCUCCUGCUAGUGGAAAAGAAGUGCAAAAUGAUGUUGCAAAAAAAAGCUCUGACCAAAAGGUUGAUGGACUAUCUGAUGGCCCCAAACGUUCAUCUGAUCGAGUAGAUGCACCACGAUCUAGCUCUCACUUCCAGCAUGAUGAGCGUGGCAAUACUGGGCACGGUGGUCGAAGCUAUUCUCGCCGAGCUACUGACCAUGGAAGAAGGUGGGAUGAUCAGAAGGAAAGGUUUAAUGAUAGAAUCAAAGACAAAAUUGAGGAUCAUAAUUUGCCGAAGAAGGCCGAGAAGUACCAGUCUCGAGGGCACAACAAUAAAGAAUGGAGACACGAUGGGUUUUUCCAGUUGGAAUCCGAGGUGCCUCCUGCCAAGAGAAGACCGGCAUUUAGUGAGAAGAAGAUACCUAGAGAAUCUCUAGAUCAUGGAUUACCUGACAACAGUAAACCUGCAUCGGAUGCCGCACAAAGGGAAGAAAGGGGGCCGCAGUAUGUUCGAGGGCUAGAUAGGUCAGAUAGGCCAUUCAGAAGGGCGGAUGAGAGAAGCAGUAGGUGGGAAGAAGCAGCCUCUCAAGGAAGAGAAGUUCGCCAAGGUGGGUAUCAACCUAGAGAGAGAUUUGGCGGCGGGGGAAUGAGGGGAAGAGAGAGGUUUAAUAGUCAGUACAGUGAGAAAAACUCCUAUCAACCCGGUGGCGUUAAAGUAGAGAAAUGGAAGCACGAUCUCUUCGAUGAAGCCAAUAGGAGCCCAACCCCAAAGAACGAAGAAGAGCAAAUUGCGAAAGUCGAAGCCCUUUUGGCACUUUAAGAACUUAUAUGCACGAGGCUUUCUCGCAAGUAAAAUGGCUUCUCUGAUCAAUACAUUGGCUGAUUCUUGGUUCUGGGGCUUUCUGGUUCUCUGCAGAUAACCUUCAGUUGGAAAAAAAAAAAAAAAAAAAAAAAAGGAAAAGAAAAAGCAGGUUUAUUUUGAUUCUGGGAAUCUAGUAGAUCUUUUCUGCUGUGAAGGAGAGAUGAUUAUUUAAGAAAAGUUGGGUCUUGUUGAACUCCUGAUUGUGUGGAGACGAGUAUGUUAUCAUCGAAGCCGAUUCUUUCAAGAGUGAUGGUAAGGGUGCCUCAAAAUGUGCCGUAAUGCAGUUGAUGAGUCAAUUUUGUAUGAGCAAAAUUUCAUAAAAGGUUAUUUAGCUUGGAGCCACCCUGAUGAUGUAUGUUCUUCGAUACCCACAUUUCCUUUUGUUUUGAUUUCCAAUGCUCGCCUUUUGCAUAGACUGAGUAAUAGGAGCAUUUUAGUGAAAUGAUCUAAUGCAGUUUAUGCGUCAGUUUUAUAUAAGUAAUAUUUUAUUAGAAGUAA